AUGCGUUCUACAUUCGCCAUCUCAUUGCUCGCUGGAGUUGUUGUAUCAGCAGAAGGCCUCCUAGAUCUUCCACUCGACAUCGCCGGUUUACUUGCUUCGCUCGGCCCAGCGCCUCCAACGGACCCUCGGUGGACAGACUGGCAUCCAGCAGGAAGCAGCGAUGUACGCUCUCCCUGCCCAGCCCUAAACAGCCUUGCCAACCACGACUUCAUCCACCGCGACGGCCGCAACAUGACCAUCCCGCACCUCAUCUCCGGCCUCGCUGCAGGCCUCAACAUCGGCGCCGACUUCACCACUGCCAUCAGCGGCGCCGGCUUGCUCUCCUCUCCCAAUCCGCUCGGCGGCUCCUUCGACCUCGAUGACUUGAGCCAGCAUAACUUCCCCAUUGAGCACGACGCCAGCAUGUCGCGUCAAGACGCCGCAUUGGGUAACCCACAGCCAUUUUACAAUCCAAACUGGCAGCAGUACAUUUCCUUUUUCGACGGCAAGGACCAAACAGAUGUGCCUACGGCCGCCAAGGCAAAGUACGCCAGGACGCAAGAUAGUCAGAAGCGGAAUCCAGAAUUCGUGUAUGGGUUGCGAGAAGCGGUGUUUAGUUAUGGCGAGAAUGCGCUUUAUUUGCAGACUAUGGGGUCUGAUCCGUUGUCAGGAAAGGCCAAGGUAGAGUAUGUGAGGAGCUUGUUUGAGCAGGAAAAGUUGCCGUUUGAGCUGGGUUGGAGGCCGAGUGUUCUGCCUAUUACGCUGCCUAGUUUGGGAGCCAUGGUUGUGGAGUUGCAGGCGAGCAGCCCGGAGCCUCUGCUUGAGGGCGCGAAGAUUGUGGCGGACUCGUACAAGGAUGUUUUUAUUGCUGUGGCUGGUGGGUCGAAUAUUCUGGGGAAUCUUACUGCGGGAAUCAGUGAGGCGUUGGGUUUGUGA